AUGGCCCCUCCUACUUUUGCUGACCUCGGAAAAUCUGCGAAGGAUCUAUUCAACAAAGGAUACAAUCAUGGUUUUAUCAAAGUCGAUACGACCACGAAAGCUGGUGAAAAUAAAGAGGUAGAAUUCAAAACAUCUGCUGCUCAUAAUCUCGGCUCCGGCAAACUUGGAGGAAACCUUGAUGUCAAAUACAAAAUCCCUUCCUACGGUCUGACUCUUACGGAGAAAUGGAACACUGAGAACCAACUCGGAACAAUAAUUGAAGUUAAUGAGCAGUUUGGUCGAGGACUCAAACUCACUUUCGAUUCUCUUUAUGCUCCUCACGCUGGAAAGAGGACCGGCAAACUGAAGGCUGAUUGGUCUCUCAACACUGCCAGAAUCACUGGUGAAGUUGGCAUCACCGCCGCUCCAGUUAUCAAUGCUGCAGGUGUUUUCGGUCGCGAUGGAUGGCUCUUCGGUGCUUCGGCCACAUUCGAUACCUCUUCAAACAAGGUGUCAACGACCGCAUUGGCCUUCGGGCAUCAAACCUCUCACUACACUCUCCACUCAUUUGUUGUGAAUUCAACCGACUUUGGUGCUUCACUCUUCCACAGAGUCAGCCCCAACGUUGAGCUUGGUACUAUGCUUGGCUGGAAGGUUGGGGGUAAUGGUGCUGAUUUCGCUGUUGCUGCAAAAUAUAGUCCUACCAGAGAUCUGACGCUUCGUGGUAAAGUUAACAAUAGCAGCCAGGUGGCAUUGGCUGUCACACAUUCGCUCUCGCCUGACCUCAAAGCUACGCUGUCGAGUCAGUUCAAUCUUUCCUCGAGUGAUGUUCAUAAGUUCGGAAUGGGUCUUGAAUAUGAGCCACUGUAA